AUGCUUACAGUACUCUGUUUUGACGUCCUUCCGCCAUUUUGUGCUGGAAUCUGGCCUUUUCUCAAAACUUAUCUAUUUGAUCACGCUGGUCCGUACACCGCUGUCUUAAAAAUUGCUGGGUGCGAUGUUGAGUCGAUUGUGGUUUAUAGGCUACUACUAACAGAUAACCGUAUUAUUUCGGCAAAUGUUAUCAACAGCUUGCCACUUUCAAGAAAAACUACUAAUUGUGAAUGA